AUGGUGAUUGCUCAGGUUUAUGCGAUUAUUCGAUUACCCAUUUUGGAGAUUUUGAUAGUUUCUGUGUGGCAACAAAAUUUAAUGAUAUUCAAUAGUAAGCUCACUAGCAUAUUGCAAAUGUUUUCUGGCGAUUGUCAUUGUGUUGGAAUCCAUCUCUCUUUGGGAGACACUGCUUUGCUCCAUUUUAUAUAUUGGGAUUCACUGCCUGACAUGGAAGAUCUUACUGGUUUGGACUCACAGUGGGCCUCUACUUUGAUGUCUCAGCAUAUGCUUGCAGCUGCUGAUCGCUAUGGUUUAGAUAGGCUCAGAUUGCUCUGUGAGGCUAAUCUCUGUGUGGAUGUUGCCAUCAACACUGUUGCAACGACAUUAGCCCUUGCUGAGCAGCACCACUGUUUGCAGCUGAAAUCAAUAUGCCUUGAAUUUAUUGCAAUGCCUGAAAAUCUGAGAGAAGCAUUACCUGGUAUUCAUGUGGAAGCAUGGGAUCUACUAGAGAGACUUUUGUUUCAACCAUUAAUGCUGCCUGAUAUAUUUUUAAAUGUGGGUUACAAGCGGUUUUUCAAAAGAACUACUUUAGAGACAUCAGACUACCUGAAAGAUGAUUGCCUUAUUGUUAAUUGCACUGUUGGGGUCGUUAGGUCCCACACUGAGGGCCCUAAGAUUUAUAGUAUACCAGUACCGCCAUCCGACUUUGGUCAGCAUUUUGGACAGCUGCUGGAAAGUGGGAAGGGUACUGAUGUAGGUUUUGAAAUUGAUGGAGAAAUAUUUUCUGCUCACAAGUUGGUACUUGCUGCUCGCUCACCUGUAUUCAGGGCCCAAUUUUUUGGUCCAAUGAAGGAUCAAAAUUCCCACUGCAUAAUAGUUGAGGACAUGGAGGCUCCUGUUUUUAAGAACCAGAAAUAUGGUGCAGACGAUAGUAGUGACAUGAUGGGGAAAAAAUGGAGUUCUGCUGCUUUGCUGGUGGUUUUGGACAAUUCCAAAAUCUCCUAUUAUACUGGAUGCAAUCAUGUUAUUGAUGCAUGA